AAUCAUUUUUCAAAGCACCGGUACUGUUCCUAAUCUAUUCAUCCAUAUUCAGUGCAAAUUUUCAACGGGCACUGUUCUUGCAUUCUUCUGUGAUUUACAUGGCCAGCCGCGCUUUCAGGAGACAAAAAUAGGCAAGCUUAAAGGGAUGGGGGGAGGGGAAAGGAGGCCGGUUGAGAGGGCCACAUGGAAGAAAAGAUGAUGGAGGCGCAGAAGAGGAGGUCGAUGAUCGAGGCAGGUCUUCUACUUCAUCUUCUCCCGCCGCCAUUCAUUGCAAAUAUUAUUGGGCUGCAAUUGCGAGUCCCAUUUCUCCAAUGACCUAGCGACAUCGGUGGAAAAAUGCAAUCCAAUCCCACUCGCCAUAUAAACCACGCCGCGAGGCGCCCCUGUCGCGCACCACGGGCGGGGAGUGGCGAGUGGAGGAUCGAAGGUCCAGGAACGAGGAAUCGGAGUGAAGAUUAGAAGGGCACGACAGUGCAGAGAAAAAAUCGUGGGUGGACGCAGCUAGGAUGACCCGAGACUGAAAUUGAUUGGAUAGGGAAGUUCCUUGACAAGAAAAAGGGGUGACGGAGGAGAAGGUGGGGAGGUGUUUGGAUUGGAAGAAACGAAGCUCAAACCCAAAGUUGCUAUUGCCUGUUUGGCUGUUUCGAUCUGGCACUGUCUUUAUGAUACAACUCUACCGUGGAGAGAUCAUGGAUACAAAUGAAUAUGGCUGCAAUCAAGAGAGCAAGGAGGAAAAGUACUUUAUCAACCAUCACUUGAGCUUUAGUUAGAAUCAUGUUUCACAGAGAUCAUGAGGCUGGCUCUGCUCAAAUUGUCAGGUUUGAGGUUUCUCCAAACAGGUGUUGUACCAAUUUCCUGACUGCCUUUGUUCAACUUUCUUUACUGUUUCUGUUAUGACCCUUUUUCAACCUGUGUUCUUGCUUCUAAACUAGUUUGUUUGCAAUUACAUAUUCUUCAUUUGAGUUUGCAACUGAAUAAUCCUCUUAGAAACAGGGGGAAAGGGGAGGGUCCACUUUGAGCUUGGCUAAGGCACUUUGUGAGCUUCAGUUGGAAUUGCACCAGCAGUCUUCAAGUUUUGAGGUGGUUGAAGUUGGAAGAAAAACAGAAUGCAGGACUAUUGUAGAAGCUAAGGGUGUGGAUUUCUUAAUUAUUGAACCCUGCUUCCAAUCCACAAGGUGAAAAGGAUGCUGUGUUUGUCAGAUGGUGACGAGAAGAAGGUGAAUGAGUUUUAAAAGAUUGUUGAAGCAGUUGGAGUAGAAGAAGCAGAAUGCUUGAGGAGGUUCUGUGGGAGGGUGUUCAGGUCCCCUACUUUGUUUGAGGAUAUGGUCAAAUACAUUAUCCUUUGUAACUACCACAGGGGAAACAGGGAUGAGUGAGCAAGGGAAUCAAUUGGGUUAGCUAGGGUUCAUAAUCAAUGACAAGACAGAAAGGAGGAAACAAUAGAGAGAGGAAAUCUGGCAACUAAACUGGCUAGAACUCAAGUCAACUCUCACAGAUGAGUGGAGGAGAUCUGGAGUAUCAGCGUUUUCUGAAGGAGAGAGCAUUUUGACGUGGAUUGGCACAAUUGAAGGUGGGAAAGGAACUAUGUACGCGGGUUUAUCAUACAAACUUUCCCUGCAAUUCCCAUUGGACCACCCUUUCAAGCCACCUCAAGUCAGGUUUGAAACCAUGUGCUUCCAUCCGAAUGUUGAUCAGUUUGGGAAUGUUUGCCUUGAUAUUCUUCAGAUAUCAAAUUAAGCAAAUAUAUUGGUUUUCAGUUAAAACCAUUUGCUCUUAACGGCAUGAGAAUAAGAUUGGGAAAAGAAACCUUUAUUUGCUUCUGUUAUAUUCAAGCGUUUGAACCUAUUGCCUUGGUGGAUAUUGGAAUUAUAACAUAUUUUUAUUUUUCAUAGUAUAGCUUUACUACUGAACCAAGGGAUCAUUGGUAGUGGAAUUUUUAUAUAAAUGUUUAUUAAUUAAAACUCAUCUUAAUGUUGUAACAGGACGAAUGGUCUUCUGCUUAUGAUUGCAAAACCAUUCUAUUGUCCGUUCAAAAUCUAUAAGGAGAUCUGGUUUCUCUUCCUUUCAUAUUUAAUCCAUGACACUGGUGGUUGAAGAUUGAACCCUGUCAUUUCCCAUAUCAAAUUUAAUCCUUGGUGCUGUUAUUUAUGAUUGCGUUUGAAGAUUAAGUUUCAGAGUUUAAUGUUCCUAGGUUGACUACUGCUUAUUGACCUAAAUUAGGUUUUAUGUACUAUGAACAUGCAUUAAACUUUAAGGAAUUUGAUUAUUAGGAAAAGAAACUUUGCAUUCGUAUACCAUACAAUCUUAUUCUUGCACGGAAUCGCAACACUCAAACCUUUUAUUAUAUAACUAUUGAAAUAAGCUUAACAGUCAUGAUUCUUUAUGCUUAUUCUAUCAGUUUCCAUUUCCUCUUCACAAUUACAACACUAGCUACAAGAUUGAAAACCUUUGUUAGUUAAUUCCUUGCUGUUACUACUGCCUAAUAUGUUCAGCUCAUGAGCUGAGAAGGAUCUCUCUGUGGUUCCCUGAGCUCCCUGAGAAUUAGUUCUCUUCAAUGCCAUUCAAGUAGACUUCAAAAGAAAACAUUCUCAUCAAUAAGUAGAAAUGUGGGGAUUUGGUAUAUGCAAAUGAAGAGAGGGCUUGUAAAGGAAGUUGUCCAGUUAUUCGUUUUUGGUGUGGAGGGAAUUGGAUGCAGACUAGAGGGCAAAAAUUUAGAG